AUGACUACAGACGCGAACGGGCAGAAGUUAGCGCCAUCAAUUGACGUGAAGAAUCUGAGCUAUGCCUUUCCGGAUGGCUCGAGUGGGUUGAAGGAGGUCUUCCUCAACCUGCCUCCUGGCAGUAGAACCCUUCUCAUUGGAGCUAAUGGUGCUGGAAAGACGACUCUUCUGCGCCUACUCUCCGGUAAGCGCAUGGCCCCGGCCGACUCCGUCUCGAUUGCAGGCGUCGACCCUUUCAAAGAGGGUCUCGAAGGCGUCACUUACCUCGGUCUUGAGUGGGUUCUGAACCCCAUCGUCCGCACCGAUAUCGAUGUCGUCACCCUUCUCAACUCCGUCGGUGGCCAGUAUUAUUCCGAGCGCCGUGACGAGCUCGUGCAAGUGCUCGACAUCGACCUCACGUGGCGCAUGCACGCUGUGUCUGACGGCGAGAGGCGAAGAGUGCAGUUGGCAAUGGGUCUGCUGCGACCUUGGACGAUUCUUCUCCUUGACGAGAUCACAGUCGACCUCGAUUUGCUCUCGCGAUCGAACUUUUUGGCCUUCUUGAAGAAGGAGACGGACGAGCGCCCCUGCACAAUCGUAUACGCAACACAUAUUCUGGAUAACCUCGCAACUUGGCCCACACACCUCGUACACAUGUCGCUGGGCAAGGUUAAGAAAUGGGGCAGUGUGGAAGACAUGGGCGUCAAGAGUGAUCCUGAUUCCAGAGUGCUGUCCGGCAACAGCCAGCUUGGUGAGCUCGUGCUCACCUGGCUGCAGGAGGACCUUAACGAGAGAGGUCUCAGGAAUGGCAGGAAUGCUCCUCGUUCUGAAGGCAAGACCUACCAGAACUUAGAAGGCAAAGGCGGAUACGGCGCGGAGAAGAAGGUAGAAAAGGAGUAG